CCUCGCAAAUCCGCCAGCCGUGUAAACGUCUCCGCGAGCACGAGAGACCGUGUCAGCGCGAGUCCUCUUCCGCCAGCACGUCCCAGACAUCGAUCUCGCUUAUCGCCAACUGCGGAAGGAACCGCGGGAUAUGAAGCUACAGGAUUUUUUCCGCAUCCUCGAGAGUCUUUGGACAGAAAGAUGCCCAGCGAAAGCCGUGGAAAUCUUGCAAUUUAACCCGCAUUAAGCGCGAAGCUGUGCAAAAAUGCAGAUGCAGAUGCUGAAGAUCGCGGUAGUCCUGCUGAUCGCAGGAUCGGGCGACGCCAGGCCUCAGGCAAGCGGCGCGGAUGCAGCGACGCAGAUGGAAACAAGCGACGCGGGAUGGAGAAGCGUCCGUGUCUUGAACAAGUCGCACGACAUUGUUCGAGACGAUAGCAGGUAUACGGGAACUUCCGGAAAUAAUAGAAAGUCGUAUAUCACAUCAUAUUUCCGCGGUAAUGUCGAUUUGUCGCGCGAGCGCAACGCGAACGGUUCACGCGCGAGCAGCUCCGCUCGCAACGGGCCGGCGCGAUCGUUCCAGAGCGCGCGUCGUUCCAAGAUCGAAGAUAUCUGGACGAUGCCUGAAUUUAGAGCAGUAGAUGCUCCUCUUGAUCUUCCCAGAUCGAGAUUGACGUCAAGUAGAAUCGCGGGGGUCAGUGUCGUCCGAAACUCAAAUGAGACUAACAGAUCAUCGCUUCGUGAUCUUGAUAGCUCAAACAAGAGACAUUAUGAACAGAUAGCCCUGUCAAACUCUGCUUUAGCAUUGAACGAUAGCUUGAAAAUCAAUCGAAAAAGUCACUCGGAAAUGACGAACGCCGGGGUCUUUGAAAGAUCGAAGUCUGCCGUGACUUGGAAUCAAAAUUUCGGAUCGGUGGUCCCUCCAGUCAAGUUCUCGUUAGCAGAAAAUAAUUUCUCAGCAAAUCAUGAGUCACAUUUAGGCAGGGAAAGCGACGGUAUUUCUUCAGCUUUGAAAGGUCAAUGGAAAUCUGCUUCCGUUAGGCCUAGUUCAAUCUUGAAUGAAAGUAACAAUAACAAUACAUCGCGUUGGAAAAUGAAGCGGCCUUCGAAUGUCUCUUCUUUUCAAGCAAUACGAACAAAUGUCUCGAGCAAUUCCCGACGGAACGUUGCCACCGAUUCGAUCCACGGGAAUCGCAAUACAAUUCGUGGAAGCGCGGAUAGAAUAGGCUCCACCGUGACUCCGUACAAAGAUUUAAAGCCAGCUGUCAUCGGCAAUUCUUCUCGUCGCAUUGAGGAUUCCAUCCGGCGCGACGGUCUGAAUAAUUCAGGAAAACUGGCGACGGAGAGGCCUCGUCCGACCUUGAUCCCGAAUCCGAAAUCGGAGGUCGUCGGCCAAUUCGCGUCCCGCGGAAACAGAGUGACGUCUAAAAGAAACUUAGUCAAACUGCGAUAUCCGUUCUCUUCUUCAACUUCCAAUCGACGGAAUGCCAGUAACAUCUUGAAUGCGAGCAAUCGAGUGAAGUUGAAGAACAACAAUGACCAGUCCGCUAUACUUCAAUGGCAACAGCCGAUGGAAGACUAUUCGACGCGAACAGCUGCGAAGCGGCCCGACCUGAAAGAUCGCGCGACGUUUGAGUUAACGAAGAAUCGUAACUCGUCGCUAGCUCAGAAGUCGCCGAGUCAGAUGACUGAGAGAGUCGACGAUGAAAACAACGAGACAAAAGAUGAAUACAGUGACACGUACUCAAAGAACUGGCCGAACGAGGCGUUUCAGGGCAUUGAGGAUUUGUAUAAUUAUGAGAAGUACACUUCGCCCCUGAAGGACGAGUCGAGUCAUGAAGAGUCCUUGAGCGUUCUUCCUCAUGUUCACUCUGACGACGGCGCACCGAUUUUACCGCUGAACGGUGGUUACGUAAAUCGUCCGGAUCCGGUCCUCGACUCCAGCGUGCAGAAGAUCAUCCAAUGGUUAAAAAUUCCAAUGAUCGUGCCGAACGACACGCGUCUCGCGGACGACGAUGAUAAAGUUCGUAAGCCGAUCGAGUCGGUACUGGAAUCCAUUUACGAGAAUUUAGAUCCUAAUCGUCCGCUGGGCAGCAAUCACGAUGGCAAUUACGAUACUGAGGUUGUUCUUCAAGAAGCGCCGCAAAGUCAGAAUGUCGAUGAUAUGGGUUAUUACAAAGACUAUGCGACUCAAUGGCCGAGUCCGAGCUCGGUGCACUCUCAGUACACGACGGACUUCACGGAUCCUUCUUUGAGCACUUUAACUCCUUUAGCCUGGACCGAGAUCAAUAACGCGUUGUUGAGAAACAAGACCGUUUUUAAGCCUGUAACGCACGUGACACAAAAUACAGUAGUGCACAUACUAAACAACGGCCUGAAAAAGCCGAAUGUGACGGUGACACAGUUGAAAACACCCGAAGGGACCAGCGAUCAGGCGAACGUCUCUUCAGGAUCCUCCGCGGAGUCUCCGCCAAGACCCAACGUGCACAUAAUGUUCACUUCGCAGAAAGAUGAGGAGGGUGAGGUGCCUACGAAGCAGGAGACCGAGAGUUUCCCCUCAUCAUCGACAUUUGGCACGAACUGUCCGACAAUCAUGAUCAACACUUAUACCCGUGUAAACAACACGAUCCAGAGCAAAGAGGGCUGCAAUGACCUCAAUAUAGUCGUCAAUUCCCACGUGCUGAACACGAACGUGUUCAAGCCGAGCGGAGCGCCAACUGCCGAACCAGAUCAGCCAACCCCGUCAGUGACGGGAGACUUCAACGAUGCGGACGGAAGCGACAAGUACGCGGGCGAUGAUCUCUUUCAACAAGAUUCCUCGAUCAAUCGCGUAACCGCGUCAGCUGGCACGUAUAGUCCAGUUCCGUUAGUGACACAACAAUCGGAUGGUCUCAGCGAGGAGAAUUACGACUCUCAGAAGGACCCACUUGGGAUCCAAGACGCAGGGGAGUCUGUCUCCACUGUUGAGGUGUUUCAGGGUACCCAGAUCAGCGUGAUCAGCUCGGGUGCGCCAUUGACGGAUUCUGUAGCUACCGCGGAACCACCUGAUGCUUCAGGAUCAUCCAUUGAUGGUCCCAGUGUGGGCGAUGAAUCACCGAUCGCUGACGGGGCUUCAGGGGCGUCCGCGGCUCAGGUCCCAUCUUUGCACACCGCUGGAACCGUGAUGGGUCAGUCGAACAACGCCCUGGGUACCCUGCAGCUGCCAGCCCGGCCGAAUCUCUCCAUCAGGCCCGGCCUGGCGAGUGCGAUCGGCUCGCCCUCGUCGCCUCCCGCUUCUUCAGGGUCGUCGUCUGUGCAGAGCGACGAUGAUGAUGACGAUGACUAUGACAUGUCGCCGGGCGGCGUGUUGCAAUCGAUAGCCUCGAUUUUCACGUACUUCAGCUUCAUGAAUCCGGUGGGUUACAGCUUCUUCAGCCUUGCCGCGGCGCCGUUUGCCGCGAUGGCGGCCGGCGUGCUCGGCGUCGCAGCGGUCGUAUUUCCAUGGGCACUUCCGAAUGUUUUGGAUCUCGGUCGCGCCGCCGACAGCGUGACCGUCCGCUUCAGGCCGAGCCUCGAAGAAUUCGUCAGGCAAGCGGUGCACAAGUAUGCUCGCCUGAACGAAUGGAAAAGCAAGCGUAGGAAGCGCAGGAGAUGUGGCCAGUCGAAUGACACUCACCGUGACUUGAAGGACCUGCAGUACAUGGACCAGUCCCUAAGAACUGUCGCCACUCAGCUGCUCAACGUUACUGGUCCGCAGGACGUCGUCAAAGUCUCCACCAGCAUUAAACCGGAACACGAUUUGGCGUCCAAGUCCCCGGAGAAGCCGAACGAUGCCGGAGCCUUGAUAAGAGAGGUCAACUCGGAAAUUAGCAACCUCGAGUCGAUGGGCGUGAGUUUUGGCCGACCGAUAAACUCCAAGUUCGGCUAUUUCGAAAGCAGCCAUCCUGGCCAAGCGAUGGCGAUCACGGAAGAGGAGCUCGAGCGUGAGAUGAGCACGACUCGGCUGAUAACAGCCUACAAGAACCACCCGACUACCACAGGCGGCAUCUCUACAUGGAUCCUGCUGAACCCGCCGUCCACGACUGUGAAGAGUGCAGAGGUCGAUAGAACGAAGCUGAAGCAACCGUUUCAGACGGAGGUGAAGCUGACGGUGAGACCGAGCUCAUCAGGCACGGUCGACAGGGUGACGGAGACAAUCGCGCAGGAUGAGACAAUCGCAGAGAAGACCACCAUGCCGCAAAUGACCCCCGUUAUUACCACGGAAAAAGUAAGCACGAUCACGAAGAAGUCUACGGCAACCACACUGAAGAAGAUCGUGACUACCGCGCGCCCCGAAAGGGUUACUCAGGAUCCGGAGAGGGUGGAAACAACUCCGAGCGCGACAACGUUGAAGAUAGUUCGUGUUACGACUGUCAACACCUCUCCGAGCGACGUAGCGACCUCUUCUUCCUCAACAACCGCCGCGACGACGAAGAAGAACCAAGGAACACGGACUACGUCCAAGCCGAAGGUCACCACGGCUAGAACGGCGAAGCCAGGAACGAUGAAACCGACACGACCGGGUCAGCAGGGCAGGCCAAAGCCGACUGCGACGAGGAGGACCACGGUGAAACUGGAAACGACCAAGAACGAGACCGCAUCGACCGGCAAGAUCGAAAAGGUGACCUUCAAGCCAGUCCAGAUCAUCACGACGACGCAGAAGAAGCAGGACAAUACUGAAAGACCGAUGUUCGUCACCAAAAUAAAGGCCUCUGUGCUGAUGGAUACACAGAAGGUUACAACUACCCCGGCAAUCACGACCAUCCCGACCAGUCCCGUUACCACAUUCAAGUCGAACAUGGCCGGUGCGGACCUCGUGGAGGUGCCAGUGAGGUCGAAGCCGAUCGGCACGAAGGUGAACAACAUACUGAAGGUGCAGCUGAAAAAGCCCGCAGAGGAUAGCACGCAAAUCGAAGUGGAACCGAUCAAGGUGAAUGCGCCGGUGCUGAAGAUCCAGAAAGUCGAUCGUGACAAGAUGGACGAGAUCGUGAAUAAAGAUACCGAUGAGCUAAGCAACUCUAGAAUAGACCUCAAGUUCGACUUUAAUCCUGAACUGACGAAGAUCAACGUGGAGACGCAGACGGAGGCGACGUCGACGACGACGCCGACGGCAACAGCAUCGAGCACGACGAAGCGACCACGCCACAACUCGAAGAGGAAGAAAAACAAGGUACGCAGACGUAAGCCGUCCCGUACGACGACAACCGCGACGACGCCAAGUACGACGACAGUCGUGACGUUGAUAGAGGCAAAUGACGAAAGCGCGAUCGAGAUCGCCACGGUCGACAAUGCGAUCCAGGAGUCGAAGAUCGCGCCUGAGACCAAGAUCGCCCCGAGCACGAUCAAACUCAAGAAGAAGCAGCCGCCCAAGGCGAUCAGCACGCAGAUCUACAACUUCCUGAGCCGCGAAGUGAUGCCCAGCUUCGGCGUCAUGUCUCUGGUCGGCCUGGGUCUCGGCUUGGCCUCGUACUUCCUGUAUCCGUUCGGCGGCACGAUCGCGAGACGCAACUACGAGACCGAACCGAAUUACAAGUACAACCUGGAGGAGUACGGUGGCAAUUAUGGACAGAGCGAGGAAGAGGUAUUGUCCAAGGUGCUUCAGGGUAUGACGAGUCACGACGGCAAGUAUCAGUCAGCGAAGGACCAUGGCGGUGACUACUAUCGCUAUCAGCACUACGACGGCGCCUACGAUGCACACACCACGAAGAGGAUCGAUGCUCGUUAUCCGUCAACCUCGCCGAUUUACAGACCAGCGGAGAACACGCUGCCGACGGUCAAGUACCGGAAUACAGACUUCCGGUAUCCGGAAGCGCAUACCACGCCGGUCCACUAUGAUCGCAAGCACCUGGGAGAUCAUGGAUCGGAAUCCGCGGGAUCGGCGAAUCGGCAGUUCGUGGUCGGUAACGUGCCGAAGGAAUACCCGUACGAGGUGAAGACGAUCGGUGUAGAAAGCAGCAAGAAAGGCGUCGUAGGCUACGCGUCAACGGAGGUUGCCGGACAGACGCAAUUCGAGCGAGACAUCGCGCAGGGCUUCAACUUCCCGCCGAAUUCAGCUAAUGUGCACAACGCGUACGGACAUCUGGGGGCAUCAACCGUCAGCAGACCGGAUGACGGCUACGAGGAGAUCGAGAUAACGCCGACGGCGGUGGCGGUGGAGCAUGGACCACGAUCCUUGAAAGUCAAACGGGCCGCAAUCGUUGAUAAAAGUAAUCAGCGGCACUCGCGAUUCAAGAGGGAGUCAGUGAUACAGGUGAUACCAUCGAAGCGCGAGCUGGAGGAGGAACGCGAGGAGAUGGAGAAGGAGGAGGACUUGAGCAACGAGAUUCUAGACAUCAUCGAUUCGGCACUGCCAGGUGGAGAGGAGCAGAAGAAGAAGACCAAUGGUGAAAAUAACGAGGUGGAAGAUCUCGAUGGACAGAGGAAGAGACACCAGGAGGAGACCAACACGCGCGUCAAGGAGUCCACCACGAAAACCUUCACUACAAUGAGCAGUAACACGGAGGAAACAACGCGCGUCCCUGAGAAUACAGAUUCCACCUCCAAGACGGCCGAGAAGGCGAACGACGAUGGCGUGACUUCUACUUCAUCUCCUUCCGACGCGGAGAUGCAUUCAACGUCAAGCCCGAAGGACUCCGAGGCAACCACCGUCGAGUGGUUCGAGAGCUCGACCACGAAGAAACCCACGGAGGGUUUCAGCCUGUUCAAUUUCGUGAAAAAGGUGGCCGAGAUCAAGUUCAGGCUGGGUUUGACGAUCCUGAAACACGCCAGCGAGGGCUUCGCGCGAUAUCUGGGCCAUGUGCAAAAACGGAUUAACGGCGAGGAAUGAGAACGAGUGGGGCAUGGUGUGCACCGCGAACACGAGCGAACGACGGAUCGCCAUCAAAUUAUCGAACUUGAGCGAUGAGGGAGGUGUCGGGACGCCUCGUGUCCGCCUCCGCGUCACGUUCACAUCGGGAUCACGAUAGACGUUGCGAGCGGAGCGAUUCGUGCUUCAGGAUCAUAUUCUAAAGCGUGCGGAUUGAUCUUGAAGCUCGUUUUGUCUGAAGGAUAUUUAUAUUCGAAAUUUAAUAGAUUCGAUAUCCGAAAACCUGAAAAUAAAGACGAAUAAUAGGGCGAUGAAGGAUUCGCCGCUCGUUGUUUCCGCUCGAGCUGUACGAGUUAUUUGAGCGACUUACUCGGAUCUCUCGAGCAAAGCUCAAUUACGACGCAACGACGCUCGCAAUCCCGAGAAGUGCGGCGACCUCGUAACGGUAGAGUAAAUCGGGGGAGACGCGAGGGACUCCCCCUGAUCCUCGUCGAUCCGAGUUGACUCGCGAGGCUUCGCGAUUUCACGGUCGGUCAUUUUUGUUCGUCCGCUCUUGCUGCUCGUCCUUUCACUUAGAAAGCUAAAACGAUGAAGAGAAGCGCGAACUACUGUUACGAUGUCGCGACGCGGACGCGCGGUGUUCUCCUCUUCAAGGUAUCGCCGUGAAAUGCGCGACGGGAUCCUCCCGCAGGAUUCCCUCGGCCGCUGCUCGACGCGCGAGGAAUCGACGAUCGACGACCAUGAAGACGCAAUCAGUCUGAAAGAUUUUUACGACGGACGUUCGACUAAACGUGACAAUGAGGCUUAUAACAAACGUUGGUCUUCGGGUCCUCGCGCGGAACACACCUUCGAGAUGGCGAGGUGCUCUUCGUGGCGUUGAGGAGUAAACUUCUUCGAAACCAGGACGACCGAGAUAGCGUGGGAUUGGUGGAGGGGUUCUGAAAGAUUUCCGGGAUCGAUCAGGCUUUUAUUGAUGGUCGCUUAAUCUCUCUACAAUCAUUCUAUGAUGCUCCCUCCCUCCCUCUCUCCGUCACCCUCUCGCUGGAGGGCGAGCGAGGACGCAGACGGAGGAGCCGAUUGCGCUGGGCAACCUAUUACUCUGUAAAGUACGCUAUAUAAUUAAACGACAAAACGUUAAGAACAAACGAAUAAAUAAAUAAAUAAGUAUGCAACAAAAUCUAUGUAAUACCCUGAUAUGCGUUAUGUAAAUAAAUAUUGCAAAUAUUGCGAA